UUAAGAGAGGAGGAGGAACAUUUGUAUGUUUAGUUGUUUACUGAACAAGAGAGUUGGUCAACCAAAUUUAAAUUUGCCUCCGCAAUCAACCAACCCUCAAAAAUCCGCCCCAAAGUCCACCGCAUGAUCGGCAAACACACCACCAUCUUCAUCGAAACUGCACUCCAAAAAUGCAAUUCUCUCUCUCACAUCAAGCAAAUCCAAUCACAUCUCAUUUCCACUUCUCUCUUCCAAUUUUCUCUCUCCUCUCGCUCCAAACUUCUCGAACUCACCUCCAUCUCCUCCUAUGGCGACCUCUCUUACGCCACUUUAAUCUUCAAUUACAUCAACCACCCAUUAAUAUAUGACUAUAAUGCCCUCAUUCGAGGCCAUGCCCAGAGCUCAAAUCCCCAAAUUGCCCUCUACCUCUUCCUCUCCAUGUUAAGGGCUUCACAAAAGCCUGACGCUCUCACGUGCUCUUUUGUCCUCAAGGCAUGCGCACGUGCCUUGGCGAAGUUUGAGUGUUAUUUGAUGCAUUCUUUGGUUUUUCGAUCUGGGUUUAUGGUGGAUAUGCUUUUGCAGACUACAUUGAUGGAUGUUUAUUGUAAAGUUGGUGAGUUUAGGGAUGCUAAGAAGGUGUUCGAUGAAAUGCCCAAGAGAGAUAUUGUUUCUUGGAAUGCUUUGAUUUGUGGGUUGGCUCAAGGGAGCUUUCCUAAUGAGGCUUUGAAGUUGUUUUAUAAGAUGUUAGGAACGGGGUUGAAUGCGGAUGAGAUCACCGUGCUCGGUGCUCUGUCUGCUUGCUCUCAAAUGGGGGCUUUGAAGGAAGGUGAUAAGAUUUGGUGUUUUAUCAAGGAGGAGAAAUUGGAUAUGAAGGUUGUAGUGUGUAAUGCAGGGAUUGAUAUGUAUAGUAAAUGCGGGUUUGUGGAUAGAGCGUACGAGGUUUUUAGGACUAUGAGGUGCAAGAAGAAUGUUAUUACGUGGAACACGAUGGUUAUGGGAUUCGCAAUGCACGGGCAUGGGAUAGAAGCGAUUGCGCUACUUAAGGAGAUGGAGUGUGUUGGGGUUUUCCCUGAUACAUUAACCUAUCUAGGGGUGUUGUGUGCUUGCAACCAUGCAGGUUUGGUUGACGAAGGGUUUCGAUUGUUUAACUUGAUGGAGGAGAAAGGGAUUGUUCGUAAUGUGAAGCAUUAUGGUACUGUGGUUGAUUUGUUGGGAAGGGCAGGGAGGCUUAAUGAAGCUUAUGGAAUUAUUAAUUCAAUGCCAAUUGUGCCUGAUGUUGUCCUUUGGCAAACUUUGCUAGGUGCUUGCAAAACUUAUGGAAAUGUGGAGUUAGCGGAGAUUGCAUCACGAAAACUUGUGGAAAUGGGAUCAGAUAGUUGUGGAGAUUUUGUGCUCUUAUCAAAUGUAUAUGCUACAUAUAAGAGGUGGAAUGACGUAGGGCGGGUUAGGGAGGCGAUGAAUAGUAGGGUUUUGAAAAAGGUGCCUGGAUUUAGCUACACUGAAGUUGGUGGCAUUUUGCACAAGUUCAUUAAUGGAGAUCGGAGUCAUCCAAGUUGGAGAGAGAUUUAUGCAAAACUGGAUGAAAUCAUGUACAAGAUUAAGGAGCACGGGUAUGUCCCUGGGACGAGAUUUGUGUUGCAUGACAUAGGGGAGGAAGAUAAAGAGUAUGUGUUGUCUUAUCAUAGUGAGAAGCUAGCUGUGGCUUUUGCACUGUUAAAGUCAAGCCAAGAAACCCCAAUUCAAGUUAUCAAGAACCUCAGAAUAUGUGUGGAUUGUCAUGCUGUACUUAAGCUUGUGUCAAAGGUUUAUAAUCGUGAAAUUAUAGUGAGGGAUCGAGCUCGCUUUCAUAGGUUUAAGGAAGGAACUUGUUCGUGUAAGGAUUAUUGGUGAAAUCGCAAUGCAAAGACAUGAUUCAAGUCAUUCUAGACGGAGACAUUAGAAGUUUAUUUGACCAGCUAAUAGCUCGGGUACUCCUUCAUCCGCAGGACUAUUCACAAACUAUAGAGCAAUGUGAAUUGUGGCACCUGCUGUAUGAGUCAAUGAAGUAAGGUUUUGUUCCUACAAUAUGCCUUACUUUUCUGACACAGCGUAUUCUGAGUACACUUUUCGUAGUCUGGUAUGUAGCACAGAAGCUUGGACUAAUCACCAAGGCAAUGGAGUCAUAUGCAAGGAUUAUGCAUAUUUGAGUACUCUCUAUGUUUUUGUUGGGAGCUCAAACGAAAAGGUUCGCUGUUGGAGUGAGCUGCAUAAUAGCUUAUGAUUGGCAGGUUGUCACUGGUACAGCGCGACAUCAGCUGGUCCUCGAUGAAGCACGAGAAUUUGUUGUGUAGUUGGUAUUGAUGGAGAAAUGCAAGUAACAUGAGAGUAUGAGGAUUAUGUAUGUUUGACAUCUUAGCUCAUUUGAACUCUGUAAAUCAAGGUUGUUACAUGCUAUGUGUAUACUUAUCAAAAGCUCGACGAUAGCAAGGCAUUCUGAAUAAAGAAAUCGAAGUUGUAAACAGAACUUGGUCCAUUAGAGCAUAUAUGGAGCAGGGGAAGGUAGGAAUAGGAUAUGAUACUGAUGUAUGUCAAACAGAAAUAACAAUCUAUUACAGCUUUUCCAAUAGGCAGUCAUAGAAGGGUUGGAAUGGUUAUAAAUUUUCAUUGCCGGGUUUUGGUCUGAUGGGGCGAUGCUUCAAUGUGUCAAUGGUAAUGCUAAGUGAUAGAAUUUGGUAAUGAUAAGCUCCAAAUACACCAUUUUUAUUACCAUGAAUCCAUUAUCACAAUUCACGCACAUUACUUUACGUGCAUAUCUCAAAUUUCAUUUACACCAAGUUUUGCCAAAUAACGUCCUAAAAUUACUUUUCCAAUUUGUAUCUUGUAAUGCCUUCAUGGCACAUAUGGAUAAAAAAAAAUGUAUACUUUCAAUUCUUUUCAUUUUCCA